CACCCGCAACCUAGAACCUUCCGCUAUACACCGCCAACAUGUCCGACGAGGAGACCGAGACCAAGCCCUUCAAGUUCGUCACUGGCUUUGACGCCCGCUUCCCCAACCAGAACCAGACCAAGCACUGCUGGCAGAAUUACGUCGACUACCACAAGUGCAUCACCGCCAAGGGCGAGGACUUUGCGCCCUGCCGCCAGUUCCUCCUGGCCUACCGAUCGCUCUGCCCCAGCGGCUGGACUUCGCGAUGGGACGACCAGCGUGAGAAGGGCAUCUUCCCGUGCAGGCUCGACCAGUAGACAAGCCGCAAAUCAAGCUGCGCGCAUCGGACGGAACUUUUCUUAAGCCGGAACCCGUGGGUCGUGGAUCGCAAACUGGACAUCACAUAGAGUCUCCCUGUAUCAUAACGCUCGAGAAGGUAGCAG